GCCUGGUCUCAUUCUGCUCUAGAAGUACUGCUGGCAUAUAUGUAUAUAAAACCCUUUCGAAGCCUGGAUCCCUUUUACAUUCGGGCCUUGGCAUCCUUUCCUCUGCCAGCACUCCUAUUGCAUUCCAUUGCUCUGUGCCUGACUGCAAAAUCUUGCUUCAGCCAUGUCACACACUGCUGUACAAGGAAGUAUGGGUAGUCGCUAUGCCACAGGAAUAAGCUCCAACAGAAUAUAUCUGUUUGAGUAUGAGAAUUUCCAAGGGCGCAUGAUGGAGCUGAGUGGAGAGUGUCGUAACAUCUGUGACAAGGGUUUCAAUCAUGUGGGCUCCAUCAGAGUGGAGUGUGGGCCAUGGGUAGGUUUUGAACAACAGGAUAUGUCCGGUGAGAUGUUCAUGCUUGAGAGGGGUGAAUACCCACGCUGGGACACUUGGUCCAACAGCUACCGUUGUGAUCGUCUCAUGUCUGUCCGGCCCGUUAGAAUGGACCCACAGGACCAUAGAAUCUGCCUGUAUGAAUGCAUGAACUUUGAUGGUCGUAAGAUGGAGGUUUCUGAUGAGGACAUCCCAAGUUUGUGGUGCUUCGGCUUCCAGGACAGAGUCGCCAGCAUUAAAGUAAAUGGUGGAACGUGGGUUGGAUAUCAGUAUCCAGGCUACCGUGGAUAUCAGUACCUGUUUGAAUUUGGAUCCUACAAACACUGGAAUGAAUGGGGCGCACAUCACCCCCAGAUCCAGUCUGUGCGAAGAGUAAGGGACAUGCACACCCAUCCCAGAGGCUGCUUCGAGAUGGCAUAA